AUGUUUGUGACAAAUUUUAUAAUCACAUUUUUCUCAAUAAUCUAUAUCUCAAAUCUAUGCGUUAGUUUCUAUCUCAAGUUUUGAUUUCAAAGUUACUUUCAGAGUCAAAAGAAGAAUUCAAUAUUUUCAAAAAAUCGCAAAAAAGUUCGAGCAACUUCAAAAAAGCCAGUUGUAUCUCUUUCAACUUCUGCAUCAUCUUCAAAAACAUCACAAAGAGUACAACAAAAUACAGAAAAAGAGAUCAAACAAGAAUUGACCGAAGAAGAUGUUAAAUUUGUUGUAAAUAUCAAGAAAAAUGCAGAAGAACACAAAGAUGAUUUUGAUGAUGAUGAAGAAAAUCCAUUAUACAAAGUUGAAUCGAAACCAGUUUUGAAUAAUACUAAUAAUAAUGCAAAUAAUAAUAUUAUGAACAAUAAGAAAAAAGAAGGAGCUGCACCAUCGAAAAUGGUAAAAAUUGAAAAGAAACCAGUUUAUUGCAAGACAAAGGGGGAAAAAUCUAAAAUGCCGGUAACUGAUGUAACAAAAGAGCAAACUGGUGAACAAUCACUUUUCACUGGAGAUAAUUUGGAUGGAGCAACAAGUUGCUACUUUGCACCGGUAAGCUUGAAUAUUUAUGAGACAACAAAAUCAACUUUUUUUUCAGAAAGUCGAAAAGAAGAAGUGA